AUGGCAGGCCUGGGGGCGGGUGAAGCCGCAGCAGCCUCCCCGGGGCUGACGGUGGGCGCCAUUGUCGCCUACGAAUGCUUCCUCGACGAAACAGCAGGGUCAGCAUCGUGGCGGGUGGGGUCCAUUCUGGCGCUCCCCUCCUCCCCGUCCUCCGCCGGUGACGACACCGUGGAAGGGGGCGCCGCUCGGACCGCGGGAAGAAGCACCAACUCCAUGAAUGACCCAAAGUUCCUGAAGUCCACGCCGCAGAAUGCAAGCCGCGUCGACGGCAGCGCUCCGGAUGAUAAGGAGAGAAGUGCUGCGGUUGUGGCCACCCCGCCGCUGGUGCCGGCAUCUGCGUGCCAGACGGUGCUGAUCCAGCCAUGGAUCUCGCUGGCGUCGACGGCUGGUGCACACGGAGACGCUGGGCACGCCAGUCCGUCAGGUGGCCCCCACAGCCCCUCCCCCUCACCCGAGCAGCACGGCGUCGCGCGGGCCGUUCGCCUGGCCGAGAUCAACGCCAUGCAGAGGGAGCUCGAAGAAAUCGAGCACUUCGCACGGGGUGAAGGCGCCGGUGACGCUGGCGUCUACCCCACCACAGCAGCGAGCCGCCGCUGCACGAGCGCCGCCUGCGGCGGCGAGGACGACGGAAACGACAGACGACUUGCCGGGGAGCUCUUGCAUGCGUACACGCGCGUGCUGGGCUUCAGGACCGAGUCCAGAGGGCACAGCCACCUCCGCGCCGACGACCUGCACCGCGGCAGCGAGGAGAGUGCCACCGCCGUGGUCGUCGACAGCGACGACGACGAUGGCAUAAACCCAGAGUUGACCCGGCAGAUAGAGCACAAGCUCGCCGAGUUCCGCAAGCGUGCCUCGAAUAUGCUUAGCGGUAUGCAGACGGCGCGUCGGAACGAGCGCGAUCUGCAAGCGGCCCAGAAGCGGGUGCAGGUGUCCCUCGAAGACGCGAAGCGGCAGCUGCGCGAGGCGCAGAAGAAGGUGCAACGCAUCGAUAAACGGCACCUGCACGAAAUUCAAGGCUACCGACUGCCACCGGUGGUGGUGAAGCAUGUGAUGGAUGCCGUGCUCUGCGUGCUCGGCGAGACGGCGAAGAACUGGACCGACGUGGUCACGGCUAUGCGCAGUCCGUCCUUUAUAUCGAACGUCGGGUCCCUCCACCACGGGCAGCUCGCGCUGGCAGAUGUGCAGGAGCUGAAGAAGAAUUUUAUAUCGAACCCGCGCUUCUCUUACGCCGAUGUGCUCAAAGGCAGCCACGCCCUUGGCCAGUUCCACGAGUGGGUGAUACGGCAGCUACAGCUGAUGGAGGCGGGAAGUGCCCAUGCAGAGUUCAUGAGGGAGAAGGAGGAGAGCAACCAGGAGCUCGCCAUCGCCCGCGAAAAGAUGGAGGCGGAGGCAGCGGAGCUGCGGCAUCUCGAGGAGGAGCUCGAGGCCCUCAUGCGCGAGCAGACGCGUCAGCUGCAGGAGCGGCGCUCCGGCACACUCACCCCGUGCCCUACGGGCGUCGAGGGAUUGUCUCAGCGUCCUUCGUCACCUCUCACAAACGUCCUCCUGCCAGCGUCCGGGUCGCAGGGAGCGGCGACGACGAGUCCGCAGCGUACCCGCCGACCAUCGACGCACGCCGCCAGCGGUGCGGAGUCGCCCAUGUCGACAUCGGUACAGCUGCGCGCGGCGGUGGCUGACUCUGUGGAGGCAAUGGCGAGCAGCAACGGGGCCCCGGCAAUCGGUGGUGACGCGCAGCGGCGGUCGAGCACCUCGGUCACUGCCAUCUCCGUGCCCUCUGGAAGCGCCUCAGCGCCGCACACCGCAGCCGACGCAGCUGCUGCGAUGGCAGACGGCGCCAUGAAGAUGACGAUGGGCGGCGUGGCCGCUGCGAGUCACCCUCCUACGGCGGUGCUGCUCACCCAGCAGCAGCAGCAGGUCCCGGUGAUGGUGCCUCCGGGUACUCAGUGGAUAUGCCCGCACCCAUGCGCUCUGCAGAGCCGCACCUACGUUCUUCGCAGCAGCAUCCUGUGUGUCUUGGGUCAUCAGCAGGAGCGCACGGGCGAGAAGCCUGGUGAGACCUCCCCUGACAACGGAACGGCAACACCGGCACGGGACAUGUUCGAACUCACGACGGCGCAGCAGCAGUUUGUUGCGGAAGCCCUUCAUGGCCCUGCGCGGGCCCUGCCGCCGCUGUCGCCGUCAUCCGCGACAGCGGGAAGCGCACGCUCCUCGCACGCCACCAUUGUCACACAGCAUACAAAAGCCUUCACGGAGAAGGAAUGGGAGACGGUGGUGAGGGACUCACCUGACGAGCUGUGCCGAGCCUUUAUGGAGGAUGUGGCCAUGAUCUGCCACGUGCCAAGCCGCGCUGUGACAGACGUCGCGUGGGUGCUCCGGGGCCUGCAUGUGCAGUGCGCCGUAUGCCACCCCUCCACUGACAGCAGCAAGGCCGUGCAAGCCGCCCUUGAGAAGGAGGCGUACCCGACGGUCAUGGCGCUGUACGCGCAGCGGCAGCGUGUACCUGACUCGUUGGACGACGAAAGCACACGUCAGCUGCAUCAGGCGAUGCGUCUGGCGUCGAUGGAAGACGAGAUCCGGGCGGCGCAGCAGCCGGAGGCGGAGGCCCGCCGCGAGACUGAGUCGCUGCGCGAUGCCUUCGAGAGGGAAAAGCAGGCGUUCAUGGAGAAAAUGGCAGUGGCGCAGACGUCGAGUCAGGCGGGCACUCACGACGACGUCCGCGCGGACCUGACCCUCCAGGAGGCGCUCGAGGAGCGCACGGCUCAGCUCGGACACGUCCAGGCGUCGCUGGCAGAGACGCAAGCGAAGGCCAAACGCGCGGAGGACCAACUCGCGACUGCGCAGGCUCAUCUGGUCUCGGCAGAAAAGCGGGCAGCGAAGGUGAAGGCCGAUGCCGAAGCAGCCCGCACAGCGGCAGACCUGGCGGCGAUACAGGCGGAGAAGACCUUGGAAGAUCUCGGGAGUCAGCUGCGCGCUGCCCACGCAGCCUUUGAGGGAGAACGGACAAGACACCAGACGGAGCUCGACGAGGCACAAGCCGCGGCGGCAGCGCGCGAGACGCGGCUUCGGCAGCAAUUAGACGCCAUGAAGCAUCGGCUGGCCGAUGCGCAGCCGCGCGAGGAGCCCAUGGAGAAAGAAGAGAAGACCCAACAAGAUUUCACGGCGGCGGCAGAUGCGAGGCGAGCGGCGGAGCACGCAGCUCAAGUGGCGGAGCUGGAGCGGAAGCUGAGGGAGGCAUCGUCAGCACAGGCAGCUCUUCAGGCAGAGCACAGGCACCUUCGCGAGGAGCUGGAGAGGGCUCAAGCGCAGGCAACGGAGAAAGAGAAGACACGCCUUCGACUGCUAGAAAACAUGGAAUCCGUGCGGAAGCAGAUGGAGUAUCCGCAACAGCACGGCGCCAGACGUGCUGCGAUCCCUGUGGAGCACUACAGGAAGAACGGUUUUGAGCGCGCCCACGUGCGUGCGGCCGAGGCGGAUGCUGCCCUUGUAGAGGCCUUGCGCGCGCAGCUGACCGCAACCGAGGUGGCCACAAACUUCUGCAGGGCAGAGCUGGAGGCCCAGAAGUCGGCGGAGGCGGCUGCCCGAGAGCGGCAAGCGGUGCGGCAUGCGGCAGUCACAGCCAUACGGGAAAAGAUCGAGGAUCUUGCGGAGAGUGUUACCAUCGCGGCCGAUCGGCCGCGCCAGCCCCCUCAGCAACUCGCCUCGGAGAAGGAGAGGUUCAUUGGUGAGCUCAUCGCACAGCUUGGAGAGGUAGAGGAUGAGAAGGCGGAGAUCAACACCGCAACUGCUCGCGCCCAGCGCUCGUUCGCCACGAUGCAGCGGGAAGUAUCGGAUGCCCAGGGACGCGCAGCGCAGCUGGAGGAAGCGCGGCGGACUGCAUGCAAGGAGCUACAAGCAAUGACGGCAACGGUUUCUGCUGAGGACGCCGGCAACUCUGUCACGGAUGCGGAGCUGGUGCACAGUGGCAGCAUGCAAGACCAUCAAGAGGCGCUUGUGGACAUCAGCGAGCGUGUGCUUGCUGCGUCGGCGGCGUUGACGAGCGCCAGCGACGCCCUUGCGACAUACCAGCAGCAGCGUGCUGUGGAACCGAAGCAGGAGGAGGCGUUUAUCGCCAACGUAUUCUUCGAGAGUGACGGCCGCUACCGCCGUCCCAACCGCGAGGGCGCUGAGCUGGCGGCGCAGAUAAUGGGCGAAGUGUACGACGCUGCCACCGGCACCUUCCUUAGCCGGCACCAGUGGGCUUGGAUGCAUGUCUGUCUUGGUGUGCUGCUACUUUUCUCCUUCACGACGCUCCAGUACAAGAAAUACGAUGUGUGA